AUGGCGCUGUUUUCAGCAGCAGCAAAAGGUGACGUCCUCACGAUCCAAUCAUUAAUCGACUCAGAAGACAAGUCAGAGGAUUCAGGAGGAGUUGAUGUAAACUGUUCGGAUGCGUUUGGCUAUCUUGAAGUCGUCGAGUAUAUCGUCAACAAUGGAGCAGAUAUUGAAAUUGGUAAUAAAGAUGGAUUAACAGCUCUUCACAAAGCAUCAUUCAAGGGUCAUCUUGGUAUCGUCAAAUACUUUGUUAGGAAAGGGGCACAGCUUGACAAAUGUAACAAAAACGACAGGACACCCUUGUUUUGUGCUACUCAAGAAGGCUAUCUUGAAGUCGUCGAGUAUAUCGUCAACAAUGGAGCAGAUAUUGAAAUUGACGGUGGCAAUCGUGACAUCGCAGAGUAUCUUUUGAAGGAAGGAGCCAACAUUAACACGUGUGAUGAAGGUGGAUGUGCCGGCGGACAAAAUGGCGUCGGAGCCUAG